UAUCAGAACCAGGCCGGCCCCCCAAACACUCUGCGACCAACCAAAGUCAGAGGUAACUUUGACAGCACAUCGCCUAAUACCUGGCACAACUGAUGGGCUCGUGUGACACCUGAGAUCCUCUAAUUUCUACUCUACCGAGGACCGGUCAAAAUGAGCACAGGAAGGGGCGAGCAGGUCGUCGUCGAUACCCACUUCACCACGAUCCACACGCUGGGCAAGCAAGAUGGAAACGAGGGCAGGCGGCUGCGCUACAUGCAGAAAGAUGGCAGGUUCCCGGUGGUUUUCCUCAAGGCCCCCGGAGACUGGAGCCUAUUCCUCAUGGACAUCUUCACCACUCUCGUAGAAAUCCGCUGGAGGGUGAUGCUCCUCGUAUUCUCCCUCUCGUACAUCCUCUCCUGGCUCUUCUUCGGCCUCUGCUACUGGCUCAUUGCAUAUGUGAACGGAGACACUGGCGAUGCAGAGAACGAGCCCUGUGUGUACAAUGUGCGCGGCUUUACCGGGGCCUUCAUGUUUUCAAUGGAGACCCAGGCAACUAUAGGCUACGGCUUCAGGGGGACGUCUGAGAACUGUAUCGUGGCCGUUAUCUUGGUAACAGUUCAGGCUGUGUUCAGCUGCCUCCUCGACACCAUCGUCAUCGGCGCCGUCGUGGCUAAGAUGGCAUCUGCCCGUAAGAGAGCUCAGACGGUGGGUUUUAGCAGCUGUGCCGUGGUCAACCUGCGAGACGGGGCUCUGUGUCUGUCAUGGCGCCUCGGAGACUUCAGAGGCAAUCACAUCCUGGAGGGGGUAGCCCGGGCCCAGUUGGUCCGCUAUGUGAAACAGCCCCAGGGGACCAUUGUAAUGUCCUUCCAGGACCUGGACAUCCAGAACAGAGACGUUGUCCUCCCCACACCAGCCACCAUUAUUCAUAAAAUGGAGCCCGGCAGUCCACUCUACAGCCUGGGCCACGACGACCUGCUGGGGGAUGAGUUUGAGCUGGUGGUGUCCUUCACCUACCCCGGGGACUCCACGGGCAUGCUCCACCAGACGCGCACCUCCUACACACCGGCGGACAUCCGCUGGGGUCAGCGUUUCGAGGACAUGUUGAGGCCGGGCAAGAGGCACUACAAGGUGGACUACGCCCUGUUCAACGAGACCACGUGGGUGCCGGUGCCCCCGCUCAGUGCAGAGGAGCACGACAGAGAGAAGUGUCCCGUCGAGAGGAGUCAGUCCCACGGUUCACUGCGACCGUCGGUCAAGAGGAACGGACACGCUGGUCAGCUGAAUCGUGACAUCACGGAGGAGGUGAUACACCAAACCUGCUUCUAGCUGCAUACAUCACAGAGCAAGCUGGACUGUUUCCCUCUCAUUCUUUUUUUAAGGACAGUGUGAUAACAUCCAUCCAUCCAUCCUUUACCGCUUUAUCCAUUUAAGGGUCGCGGGGGGGCUGGAGCAUGUGGGAGGAAGCCAGAGAGAGAGGAGAGAACCCACGCAUACACGGGGAGAACAUUGAAAACUCCACACAGAAAGGCCCUGGUUGGUUUGAAGCGGGAUUCGAACCCAGAACCUUCUUGAGAGGCGAAAGUGCUAACCACUACACCGCCGUGCAUAAUGUGACAAUGUGUGCUCUUGUAAAUAUAUUUAUAUGUAACUUCACAUUGUACAUAACUUGGUAUGUUUUUGUUUAAGCUUUUAAUGAAUAAAAUUGUAAUUACA